CCCCGUGACUAACGGUCGCGCCACCCGAGCCACACAGCGGCAGCGAGAGGGAAUCACAGCUUCUCCCGAUCCGAGUCACCUACCGCCCGGAGUGACACCGUGACAGGACCUACCGACAGUCACACACACUGACAGAGCUCCUUCCGACUGACCGAGCUCCCCCCGGAUACAGAGCUCCUUCCAACCGGAGACCGAGCUCCCCCGGAUACAGAGCUCCUUCCAACCGGAGACCGACUGCCCGAGCUCCCCCGGAUACAGAGCUCCUUCCAACCGGAGACCGAGCUCCCCCCGGAUACAGAGCUCCUUCUAACCGGAGACCGAGUGACAGGACCUACCGACAGUCACACACCCUGACAGAGCUCCAUCCCGGAGACCCAGUGACAGAGACCGGAUCAGCCCCCGGGCGGAUAGAGGGAUAGAGCUGAGAGUUCCCCGGGCGGAUGACGCUCCCCGGCUGCUGCUGAGCUCCGUGAAGCCGGUACCAUGCUAAGCAGCUCGUCCCCCCGCACCCCGGGCCUGCCCCGCUCCCGCCUGCUGUUCGCGGACUGCGACGAGGAGGACGGACACAGCACCGGGGAUGAUUCCGCUUUCCAGGAGUCCGACUCACCGCCGGCCCCCGUGCAGCCGUCCAUCCCCCGCUGGGAGGAGGACGAGGAGGGUCUGGGCUCCUCUCCUGUCAAAUCACCCGGAUACUAUUACAUGAACGGGACCCCCUCCCCCUCGAGCCAACGGAGCCCAGACAGGGGGGACUCGAGCUCCCCCAUCCCGGAUUGUCCGGGAACUCCCCCUCACAAGACUUUCCGCAAACUGCGGCUCUUCGACACCCCGCACACCCCAAAGAGUUUGUUGUCGAGAGCUCGUGUAGCUGGCUCCAGCGCACUAAGAUUACGAGGUUGUGCUCUUUUUCCGGACGUUGGACAGUCUGAAAAGCCAGAAUUUGUGUACAGCGCACCUCAAGUUAAUAUCAAUCCAUUCACCCCAGAUACUCUGGAUUUGCAGAACUCAACAGGGCUUAACCAGCGCCGCCGAAAGAGAAUGCAUUGGAAUGAUUCUUAUGGAGAAGAGAUGGAAGGCAGUGAUGGGGAGUUAGAGGAUGAGAACAUUAGACCUGCCAAGAGAGUCACAAUUACUGAAAGCAACAUGAAAUCUCGCUAUGCAACAGAGUUCCAUGAGUUGGAAAAGAUUGGUUCUGGAGAGUUUGGGUCGGUGUUUAAAUGUGUGAAGCGGAUAGAUGGAUGUAUCUAUGCAAUUAAGAGGUCAAAGAAGCCGCUUGCUGGUUCAGUUGAUGAGCAGAAUGCGCUACGGGAGGUAUAUGCCCACGCUGUGCUCGGGCAACAUCCACAUGUAGUUCGAUACUACUCCGCUUGGGCUGAAGAUGACCACAUGCUUAUUCAGAAUGAGUACUGCAAUGGUGGGAGUUUAGCUGAUGCAAUAAGUGAUAAUUAUCGGCAUAUGCAGUAUUUCACUGAACCAGAACUAAAGGACCUGCUCCAUCAGGUGGCUCGUGGGCUGAAAUAUAUUCAUUCCAUGUCAUUGGUGCACAUGGACAUUAAGCCAAGUAAUAUUUUUAUUUCCCGAACAUCCAUUCCGAGCUCAACUGCAGAGGAAGGAGAUGAUGAUGACUGUGGAUCUCGAAAAGUUACUUUUAAAAUAGGUGACCUUGGCCAUGUAACACGUGUGACGAGUCCUCAUGUAGAAGAAGGAGAUAGUCGAUUCCUCGCCAAUGAAGUCCUGCAGGAGGACUAUAUUAAUUUACCAAAGGCGGACAUCUUUGCCCUGGCUCUAACUGUGUGCUGUGCUGCAGGGGCAGAGCCUCUUCCAACUAAUGGGGAUCAGUGGCACGAAAUACGGCAAGGAAAAUUGCCGAGGUUACCCCAGUUAAUCUCACAAGAGCUUCUCGAUCUAAUGAAGCUUAUGAUCUCUCCAGAUCCAGAGAAAAGGCCCUCAUCUGUGGCUCUUGUGAAGCAUUCAGUGCUUUUAUCUGCUUCUCGGAAAAGUGCUGAACAAUUGCGGAUUGAGUUAAAUGCUGAGAAGUUUAAGAAUGCUCUCCUUCAGAAGGAAUUAAAGAAAGCACAAAUGGCGAAAGCAGCAGCUGAAGAAAAGGUGCUAUUUCCUGAUCGAAGGACGACACGAUCAACCGCGCAGAGCAACAGAGCAUCUCGCCUUAUUGGAAAGAAAAUGAACCGCUCAGUUAGCCUUACGAUAUAUUGAACUGCAUAUAGAGUGCUAUCGCAAACAGACCAGCUCUUGUUGCAUUUUCAUUUAAUCUAAAGUUUAACAUCUUUAUUAAGUUAAGUUUAGUUUUUAAGAAUUUCAGCAUUUGGCUGUAGAUGUUAAUCAUUAACAUUCCUGUUGAUUUUUUUUAUUAUAAGCUUUGGCUUUUGUCUGAAUUAUGGUUUGCUUAAUUGGUCCUAGAUCUUAGGAUAAUGGGAAGAUGUUUAAGAGAGCAGCAUAAUUGUACUUCCAGUGCAAUUCAGACAAUAUCAGCCAGUCACCAUGGUGGCUAAACAGGCUUUAAAGAGUUAAUAGGACCCAAAAUAUAGGGGUAUUGUGAUCCAAAUAAUCUAGUCUGUUUACUGUCAGACUUAAUAGGAUCUCCAGUGUCAACCUCUAUAGGGGUAGAUGGGAUCUGGAUAAUCAAGUCUAGUUUAAAAUGGGUAGAAAGGAAACUGAAUUCCUUUCCUGCCAAUUGGUGGGUUAUAACACCAAGUAAAAGCUCUGCUUUAGUUUAUUUUUAAAGUGACACCAUCUCUAAAUUACUGUAGUAUUUCCUGCUUUAGCUGCUAGGCAGUAGAGUGUCCAAAUACGGCAUUUCAUUUUUCUGUAAAUGUGUAUAUUAAUCUGGCCCCUGUGUGUUACUAUGACCAUUCAAUAACACUGUGCGAGCCACUCUCAGCCUUGUACCUUGGUACAUUUUAUUGUGAAUCUUAUUGUAAAUUAAACUCUGAGCACUUUGUUGGCACCCGGCAAAUCGUGUGGUAACCCCAUGUGGAAAUUUGCCAUGUGAAGUUUGCUGCUAUUUUAGGUUCUGUUUGUUUUUGUAUUUGCUGUAAAGUUGUUGUAGCAUUAAACAAUCAUUGUUGUACUUUAACUCCCCAUAGUGUGAUGUCUAGCAAAUGUUAAUAGACCUAUAGUUUGAAAGAUUAAUGUUCAUUUCCUGAGCUCUUUUAAAGAACAACUGUGACCUAAAAACUUAUUAUUUUUUUUUUUUUUAAAUAUCCUUUCAUCAAGUUCUGAAAGGAAAUCCUGUUUAUUUUUAUUUUUUUAAUGGUGUACAUGGGAAUGAUGAGAAAACUCAUCCCUACCUUUCGAACAUGACCGGAUUCUUCAGUCAUAUACAUGCACCUUGGGUCAGACAGUGCUUGAAAACAGACCGUCUCUACAGCCUCCCCUGCUUCACUCCCUGCACAGAAGCUAGGAAGGUCAUAAGGACUAAAUUUUAGUUUUCAAACUCUCUGACCCAAGGUGCAUGUAUACGGCUGAAGGAUCCUGUCAUGUGCUAAAGGUAAGGAUACUUUUUUUUUUUUUUUUGGUUUUGUAUCCUCCAUAUACUUUUUCAAAACUUGAUGUGGUUUAUUUAAAAAAAUAGUUUUGAGGUGACCGUUGUCCUUUAAGGCUUUGAGCAACAUGAUUUUCCUUGAAGGCGCAUGCUUUGUAAAGGAAAAAAAUGCACCUUCUCCUGCUCUCUUUCUGUGUAUAAUGUUGAUCUUUUCUGAGUUGUUUUGUUAAACAUUUACUGUGUGUAAAUAUAUAAAUAUAUAUAUUUUUUCUGCUUCAUGUUAAAACCACAGGAGCCAAACGUUUCUGACCGCUGCCCUGAAUUAAAAAGUAAUUGUCCUCUCUUGCAUACAAGAUAUGCAGUAAUCACGUUCUCCGCUCUUACCUUUUGAUUAUAUGUGCUAUAGUAGCACUAGAGACCAUAAAACACUGUAUCAAGUCUGACUUUUUAUGUCAAUUUCAGUAUUUAUCUUUUCCUUUAAAAGAAGGAAAAAAAAUUUAGUUUGUGGCUCCAAAAGCAGAAUCCUUCAAUUGUCCUGUUUGGUUUUGCCCUCUUGCCAUUUGUAGAAUAAUUACAUUUCAAGUAUGAACUCUGAUACAUGGGGCCCUUCUUUUGUGGGAAAAGUGUAAACAUUUCUUUGUUAGAUUUCUCUUUAAUUGCCAUAUGAUCACUUUGACAACUUCUACAUUUGACAAAUAAUAUAACUUUAUUAAUAAUGCUCUGUAAAUUCAGUUGUGGAUUUGUGAUUGUUGGUUUCCAUAUGCUCUUUAAAUCUUGUAA